AUGGCGGAGCAAGGUCCGAUGGCCAUCGCGAUGCGGCUACGAAACCAGCUGCAGACCGUCUACAAGCUGGACCCGCUAAGGAACGAGGAGGAGGUGAAGUUAAAGAUCAAGGACCUGAACGAACACAUCGUGUGCUACCUAUGCGCCGGCUACUUCAUCGAUGCCACCACCAUCACCGAGUGUCUGCACACAUUCUGUAAGAGUUGUAUUGUAAAGUAUCUUCAGACCAGCAAGUACUGUCCCAUGUGCAACAUCAAAAUUCACGAGACACAGCCACUACUCAACCUCAAGCUGGACCGCGUCAUGCAGGAUAUCGUCUACAAGCUGGUGCCCGGCCUGCAAGAAAGUGAAGACAAGAGAAUAAAGGAGUUCUACCAGUCGCGGGGCUUGGAGAGAGUUAUUCAACCUGUAGGAGAUGAUUGUGUUUCAGACGAGUCAGGUUUACCGUACACCAGCUUUGACCACUCCAAGGCUCACUUUUACAGAUACGACGAGCAGGUGUCGCUAUGUUUAGAAAGACUCAGUUCGUCACUCGCCGGAAAAGAAAAGACGAAACUCACGUUGCAGCAGAAGUUUGUGCGUUGUUCUGUGCGAGCGGAGGUGAGACAUCUACGCAAAGUGCUUUGUCAUCGACUCAACGUGGAAAAACAUCAGGUCCAGAUGUUGUUCAACAACGAGUUUUUGCCCGAUCACAUGACCAUGAAGCGAUUAUGGUUAUCACACUGGUUUGGAAAGGCACAGCCACUGGUGCUUCACUACACCAUCAAGGACAAGCGCAGCAGAUAG